UAUAACUCUUACUCUAGCUUGCCUUGCAACAGAAGACAUCCCAGGAAGCACAAAGAAAGACCUCAGUAGCAUGAUAGCUCAAGGCAUCUCGGGGCUCAUGCGACCCUUGUUAAGUGGACUGAAAGUGAGUAAAACUCACUUUGUUUAUUUCUGUGAGGUGACUGGGCAGAAUUGCUUACGAUCAAAGCAGACGUCAAGAAGAGGCUUCAGCUCCACAUGCAAGCUCCAGUGUUCUCCUGGGGAAUCGAGCUCAGCAGAUUCAGUGACAGUGCAUUUUAUAAAUCGGGAUGGAGAGCGACUCACAACCACGGCCAAAGAAGGGGAGAGUCUGCUGGAAGUGGUAGUCAACCAAAACUUGGCCAUUGAUGGAUUUGGUGCAUGUGAAGGGACAUUAGCUUGCUCCACCUGCCACCUCAUCUUUGAGAAAGAUGCCUUUCAAAAGCUGGAUGCCAUCUCAGAUGAAGAGAUGGACAUGUUAGACUUGGCAUAUGGACUCACAGAGACAUCUCGCCUUGGAUGCCAGGUGCGCAUUAAGAAGUUGAUGGAUGGUCUGACAGUGCAGGUCCCCGUGGAAGUAUCAGAUAUUAGGAGUCAGCUGGAGGUUGGAAAGCAAAGCAAGCAGUAACCAGAAACAGUUCCUUCACAACCUGCCUCCUUAGGUGUGGAGGGACACUUUGCUUUAUGUUAACACCAGUACUCUGCAGCUGGUUUACGUUAGACAAUAGAAGUCUGGUUUAGUAUAUAUGACUGUUCAGCAAAUCUCUUAUUUAAACAAAGCUUAAUGCUAGGAUUUUCAACAUAAGUUUUAAAUAAGUGCUUAAGUGCUCUCAUGAGCACAACUGGAUGAAAACAUGUGGCUUUACAAUUCCCUGGUAGCAGUAAACAUUUGUACUGUAUGUAACUCAUCUCCUUUUAAAUUUAAGUAUUCCACUAUUCUAUGUAGCUACUGGGAAUUCUGUGAUGUUCUGUUACUUAACUGCAGAGCAGAUUUUUCCCAAUUUGGGAAGCUUGAGAAGAGAUAGCUGUUCCAAAAGCAAGACUGUGCUACUUGGCUUGAUGACAUCGACAAUCUUAGUCUGCUUAGCAGGAGCAUUUGAAUGCAUGUCACUGAAUUGUUAUGUGCCAUGAUAUGCUAAUUUCUCUAAAUAACACAUUUUCUCAUUAAUGUAUUGCAGCGUACAUAAAAUAAAAUCCUAAUAAUCAGG